AGAAAUUUUGUUUAAACAAAACCAAGUUAUGCGCUCGAUCGAACGUGCACUUACCAAUUAUAAAAAGCUGGGUCAAGCUAAAAUGACUCCAGCUACCACCCGGAACCGGAUGAACAUGCUAAAAGAGGCAUACCAACAGUGCCAAGACCUGGACGCGAAAAUCGUCGCCAUGGCGGAUCUACAAGCCAGAUCAACUCUUCAGUACUUCGUCGACAACCAUUUCGAAAGAUGUGAGGAGUGCUAUCAGGAGUCCCUGGACUACAUGUCGGAGAUCCUGGAUAAGACAUCCUCGACCCAGGAGACAGCAUCCGAGAAAGGGAAUCUUCAACCAGUGAAGCUACGCUCGCAAUCGUUGCUGCCUCAAAUCCAGCUGCCGUCUUUCGAUGGAACCUUCGAACAAUGGGAGAGUUUCCGAGAUAAGUUUCAAUCUAUAGUAAUUAAUGAUAAUUCUUUGUCAAAUGUUGAGCGUUUGCAUUUUCUUUGUUCCGCUUUAACCGGCGACGCAAAAAAAGCGGUUAAUCAUUUACCAACCACCGAUGCAAAUUUCGAGGUCGCGUGGCAGUUAGUUAAAAAUAGAUACGAAAACAAACGCCGGUUACUUUCGACCUAUUUAAAUAAUUUGUUUUCGUUACCGCAAGUGACCUCUGAAUCUGCGAAAGAGCUCCGCAGUUUACGCGAUCAGUUAAACGUUUCGAUACACGGUUUGAAAAAUUUGAAACGACCCGUCGAACAUUGGGACGACGUAAUUGUUUUCCUCGGUACACAAAAACUUGACCGUUCCUCCCGAAAGGCGUGGGAGUUACAAUUCGGUGAUACAUCAGAAUUGUCUACUUAUGUCGAAUUCGACAAGUUUUUGGAGUCUCGAGUUCGGGCUUUAGAGUCAAUGUCGCCAAUAAAAACUGAUAAACCGGAAAACGUAACUGUUAAAUCAAAACCGAAAACAAUUUCAACGAACACGUCUACCGUGUCGCCAAUUAUAUGUCCUGUAUGUAAACAGAACCACUUGUUAUAUCAAUGUCAAACAUUUCAGGCGCUUGAGCCAUCCGAACGGUUUAAAUUAAUUAAAUCCCAACGAAGAUGCGUUAAUUGUUUUUCCGCGAAGCAUGCGAAAGAACAAUGCCACAGUCAAAGAAGCUGUAAAGAAUGUAAACAGCGACAUCACACUCUGUUGCAUUUUCCGAUAAAACCGGAGCAGUCCAGCCUCGCAUCCGAGUGCACUCAUUGCAGGGUCGAACAGUACAAGCACGCGCAUUAUUGGAUCAAGGGUCAGUCGCAACUCUAA